UGCUUCCUCCGUGCCGGGGGCGGGGCCUGGCCGGCGACGCCGCGCGGGGAGGCUGUGCGGCAUGGCGGAGGGCGCGGCGCUGCGGGCUGUGCGGGGCUGCCUGGCCGCCUUCCCGCGGGAGGCCCGCGAGUUGGGGUGGAUGGAGGCUGUACCGUAUCUCGAUAGGCCUCCGUGCCCGCUGGAGUUCUAUCGAGAGUGGGUGAGCCCAAAUAAACCCUGCAUCAUCCAGAAUGCUAUUGGCCACUGGCCAGCGCUGCGCAAGUGGACCUCGGCGUACCUCAGGGAGGUAGUGGGUCCCAAGGUAGUGAGCGUGGCUGUAACACCAAAUGGUUAUGCAGAUGCCGUGUUCCAGGACCGUUUUGUCAUGCCAGAGGAGCGCCAAAUGCCUUUCAUGGACUUUUUGGACAUUGUGGAGAAGAAAGUGAUCUCCCCCAAUGUAUUCUAUGUACAGAAGCAGUGUUCAAACCUCACCGAGGAGUUCCCUGAACUGAUGUGUGAUGUGCAGCCGGAUAUACCAUGGAUGAGUGAGGCACUUGGGAAGAAGCCUGAUGCUGUGAAUUUUUGGCUUGGGGAAUCAGCUGCUGUGACAUCUUUACAUAAAGAUCAUUAUGAGAACUUGUACUGUGUGAUAUCUGGAGAGAAACGGUUUCUACUGCAUCCACCGAGUGACCGUCCCUUCAUCCCAUACGAGCUCUAUCAGGCAGCAACUUACAAGGUAUCAGAAGAUGGCACAUUUGAAAUUGUGGAUGAAAAGACUGCAGAUAAGGUGCCCUGGAUCCCUCUGGACCCUUUGAACCCGAAUCUCGAACGGUAUCCAGAGUAUGCUCAGGCAAAACCUUUGCAGUGUACAGUGAAAGCUGGUGAGAUGCUAUACCUCCCUUCUCUCUGGUUCCACCAUGUUCAGCAAUCACAUGGCUGUAUAGCAGCAGACAUUACACCAAAUUUAAAAUGAGACACUGAAUUAUAGCACUGUCCAAUUAAUGACCAUUGUGAAGUAACACGGUGAGUUUGCCAUCUGUUACACACUCAGAAAAUGAGAGGUUUCUAUCCAGAUAUUAAACUUCGCAGUUUAUUUGCUGUUUUUGGUCUAAAUAGAAGCACACGUGUUGUGUUCAUACAGAGUUUGCCAAAUUUUCCUGCAAGGAAUUCCCAGUAUAGAGUCUGAAAAGGAGUUAGUUUGGUUGAGACAGAGUAGCAUUGGCAACACUACUAAAGAGCUCUAAUGUUUGCUUACCUUAUGUUUGGCUGUAGUCACAGUUCUGCUCAUUUCAACGUUUGGUCACUAAGAACAGAAAACCUGUACUAGCUGAGCUGUCUAAAACCAUCUGUAAACAUGUUUGCAAACCAUUACAUUACAGCUUCAGGAAUGCCUUUCUUUUUUUUCUCUCCUCAGUGAAUUAUUGGUAUGACAUGGAAUAUGACCUAAAGUACAGCUAUUAUCAACUGCUAGAUUGUCUUACAAAAGCCGUGAAAGUGUUAUAACAGAGGUGGGACGCUGGAACUUGCAGUCUUUCUCUCUGGUGUGAUACAGUCAUCAGCGUCUGUGGCUGGAGUUCGAGCAUGAAACAAGUGAGAAGAGCUAAGCACUGAAUUAUCUUCAGCAACAUCUGUUGAACAAAUCAUGGCUAUUUUGCUUGAUUUCAGAGUCUCAGGUCAAUUGGCCAGGUUUUCUGGCUUGUAAGUAGAGGAUUUGACAUCAGAAUUUUUAGAUCUUUGCGUAUUACAUUGGUGAUGGUGAGCAAAAUAAAACUUGAAGGGAAGGAGUCUGGGUUUUAGAAAUCCCUGAGGAGAAACCAUGACAUUAAUUCAGAUCUACAGGUUGUUUUCCUAACAAGCCAAACGGACAAGGAAGGAUUUGCUCUGCCACCCGUGUGUGCAUCGGGCUGCAUCGGUCCAACAUUUAUUCAGCUUAAGGCAAAAGGCCUGUCUGGGUGUGAUUCAUUAAGUUCAGCGGCUGUGGUGUUUUGAUGGUGAGAACUUAACAACUUCUGCAAUAAAAGGUCGGUUUAAAAGUUUA